AUGGCAGGUCUUCUGACUGAGGCCGCGCUGCAAGGCUCCCUGGUCCCUUCGACACCUCCGGCUCGUAGCCGUUCCGCCGACAGCACCACUAAAUCAGCAUACACUCCUCCUCCAAUGUCUACUAGCAUGACACCGCCCCCAUCUACACAACCACCGCGAUUCCACUCACCAAUGAACCGAAGCAGCAUCGGUCCCGCUGACAACUUGUUGGCUUCUCCGCCACACACAAUCCAACCCAAUGUUCUACAGGCUCUCCCAACGCAAGAUGCUAUUGACAAGUCUGCGGAUAUUGGGGAACUGCGGGAUAUGGCUCGAGACUUGAUUACUGUGGUACAGGAUGCUAGGACUUCUGCCGCACAUUUCAAACUUCAGUACAACCUGUUGUUGAUGGAAUCGGAAGAGGCAGCUCAACGCGCCGAAGUCGAACACCAGAUGACUCGACGGGAGAUGGAAGUUCUACAGUCUGCCGAGACAAAGAAUCGACCCUCGUUCUCUAUGAACUCUCGGUGUUCUCAACCACCGACAUUGCCACAAAUCGAGGCUUUGACCAAAACGUGCAGAUCGCUCGAAGAUGAGCGAGAUGAAGCCGAGCACCGACUUCAGCGAGCAAAGAAGUUGAUUGAGAUGGAAAAGGACAAAUUCGACCUAUUAAUGGAGGAGAACGCUCUGCUCAAGAAACGAAUUCGUGACAAUCGAGAACACUUUAGCCGUCUGAAAAGUCUCUCCCCGACAUACACCACCCCUCGCGACAAUUUCACCACCCCACAGCGAAAGAGUGUUCCACAAUUCCCUCAAAGCGCACCAAAUCAUUCAAACAUCGCGGCGCUGCUAGCCGCAGAUCAGGUUCUGAAUGGUGAAAGCAUUAGCGUACCAUCGACACCAACUCGAACCCAUACGUCAAAACUCAAGCGUGGCCAUACUCGAGGAGCACAUUCGCUAUCCUCACUUCACACCACUCCGGCUCAUCGUCGCUCUCUCACUCGUGACGGGUACCCUGAAUCGAUGAUUCCAUUCUCGGCCCCCGCUUCGCAACUUGUCACUGAGUCUGCCGAAAGAGAACGCCACGAUAGAGACAGCACCAUCUCGAUUUCGGACGCUGAGGAGAUUGACGAUGAUGUCCAACAAUCACAGGCCAGUUCACUGGCGAGCGAUAUGCUGCGACGGAAUCCUGCAAGUCAAGAAUCAUUGCGCUUGUCACAGAACGCCGAAAGAUCCAGCAAUCUUCUGCAGUCAAAACUUUUUGGGCCAGUCAAGAAGCGCACUCAGGGGCACAAACGCGGAUCUAGUUUUGGCGAACCUGACGUUAAGGUGAAGAAAGCAAAGCUAUCUCAAGGGGUUGGGCUGGGUAUUGAAUCCUGGAGUCAAGGUUAA